UUAUUACACCAGUUCAGCAGAGUAGCUGAAAAGAACAGACCACUUAUCACGUUGCUUGUUGAUAACACUUGUAUAAUUCACCGACUUACCAGUCUUACAGUACCAGUCGUUUCGGAUAAGUGCAUGAAAAAACUGCCAUAUGCAAUAGUGAAUAAUAAAUAGCGUUUUUAACAUCAUUGAAUAUCGUCAAACAUAGUUCAACGUAACAAUUCGACUUUCAAUCUGCAGAACGAAAGAAAAAGACGAUACGAAUCGAUAAAAGUUGGUCUAGAAAUCUGUCUAGAAUCAUUGACUUAGAAUAUUAAUCUGAACAUCAAGAUGGCAUCAAUACAGGUAGAAAAGUUGGUGAAAUUAUAUACAACAUUAGCUGCUACACCAUCCUUAAGCAGCGCACGAAUUUUGAAUCCAUUAAAUAAUAACAUAGUUGUACAAAGUAAAUGGCUGCAGAGAAAUCUGGAGUUAAAGACCAACCAACGUUUUCUGCUAGAUCAUAUUUUUAAAUCUGGCUGUAGUGAAGUUUCCAGUGGUCUUCCAAUUGAUAUUACUACAGAGCUCAUGUCUGCUAUGACAUAUGAUGAAAAGUUUAGGGCUGUUCUGCGGCAAGUUACAAUUGACAACUCUAAAAAAGAAUUUAUAGAAAUUUGGGAUAAGCAACAUUUGGUGAAAAACUAUGAUCUAUCUGCUUUGGAUGUCCAUGGCAAUGUUUAUACAGAUAGUGAGUUCAGUUCUUUCAAGUGGUCUCCUGAUAAUACUAAACUUCUUUAUAUAGCAGAAAAAAAACUUCCCAAGACAGAACCAUUUUAUAAGCAAAAACCUCAAGAUAAGAAAGAUAAGAAAGAUGAUGAGACAAUAAUUGCUGGUAAUGAAUAUAUCUACAAGCCUCAUUGGGGAGAGCAACUAGUAGGUAAACACCGACCUGUCAUUGUAAUCCUUGACACAAUAGCGGAAACAAUCACAGCACUAUCUGAGAUACCAGAUGACCUUUCUCCUGGUCAAGUAAUUUGGACGAAAGAACAGGAUAUAAUCGGUGUAGCUUGGAAGCAUGAACCACGAUAUUUAGGUCUUGUUGCAUGCACCAACCGAGCUUCAUGGAUAUUCUUAUUGAAAGAUGGGAAAUAUCAAAAAUUAUCGGACGAUGGAUGUGCCGUACAUAGUCCCCGACUUAAUCCUCGUGGAGAUUAUCUUGUUUGGAUAGAAAGGAACGUUACUAAUUUGCAUCACUAUACGCAAAGACUUAUGUUGCGCGAUUUAAAAUCCGAGGAAGCAAAGAAUGACGUAAUCGUGGAUAUUGUGCAAACGAGCAACACAAUUAAAAAAGAAAAACAGUUUUAUGGAAUAUAUGGUCGUUUAGUUGAUCGUUGUUGGAGUGAUGACGAGCAUCUAUUUUUCAGUACUCCUCAGAAGAAUAAUAUCUUCUCCUACAUUGUAAACAUAAAAACAAAAACUAUCGUUGAGGUGCAAAAUGAGAAUGGCAGCCUCAGUGUACUAGAUGUAAAAGAAAACGUAGUUGCCUUUUUAAGUCAAUCUUUAACGCAGCCUUCGUGCCUCAUGGUAGGCUGUUUUCAAUAUCCAGGAUUGGGUACUGGCGAUAUUCUUAAAUUGGCGAUUACAACACCACCAAAUCUUGGCCUUGGCAAUUUUACAUACGAGGCUAAUGAAUAUACAUAUGACAACGAUGACGAAAUAAAACAAUUCAAUUUCAUUUACUUCGGACCUAAAAACGAGCAAACUAAGUCAGUACCUUUUAUAAUUGUGCCACAUGGAGGCCCUCACAGCAAUUAUGCAAACACAUUUUCUUUGGAUUUCUCUUUUUUGACGUUAUCAGGUUUCGCUCUAGUACUGGUAAAUUAUCGAGGUUCCACAGGAAUGGGAGCCGCGACCGUGAAGUUUCUUGAAGGGAGAGUGGGAGAUGUAGAUGUAAAAGACUGUAUAACUGCCGCAGAAGAAUCAUUGAAGAAGUAUCCCUGGCUUGAUUCCAAACGUAUAGGUCUUUGCGGUGGAUCGCACGGCGGAUUCUUAGUAGCGCACUUGAGCGGUCAAGUCCCGGAUAUGUUUAAAGCGGUAGUCGCAAGAAAUCCAGUGAUCGACAUCGCCUUCAGUUUCAGCUCAUCGGAUAUCCCAGAUUGUCGCAAUGCUCUGACUAAGGAAGAGAAAAUAACAUAUCUUCAUGAUGUGUGCGCUGCGGCGAUCGCUUCUUCGUACAACGUUUUAAAACCUGGCAACCAAACCGAUUUCACCAAGUUGUUCGUGAGAAUGCUGGAAUGCUCGCCAAUUGUUCACGUCGAUAAAGUUAAGGCACCGACUCUAAUUUCCAUUGGAACGAGCGAUCUGAGAGUAUCUUGCUUUAAUGGAAAGUCGUGGUAUCAUCGUCUUAAAACCAACAACGUGAAAACUAAAUUGCUCGUAUACGAUGACAAUCAUCAGUUACUGAGCGGAUCAGCCGAAAUUGAUCACAUCAUCAACGAUUGUAUCUGGUUGCUCGAGCAUCUAAAGAAGGAUGAUAAUGCAGUACCCAAAAAUGAGGAAUGAAUAUUAUUUAUGCUUGAUUUCGAACAUAUUUAUUUGUGUAUAUAUAGAUCUUUAUUAUCACAAAUUUUCAGAAUAUAUAUUAAUGCAAGAUUAUUACAUAUACUUUUCAUAAAGAACAGUAUUCGUUCUCCAAAAUAUAUACAUACAUAUCUGUGACAUUUGUAUAUUGUUAUAUAAAAUUUGUAUACUUUA